AUGGCAGUGGCUCUUGAUGCAAUCCUAGCUCGGAUCAAGGAUGUUUGUAAAAGGAAUGGUUUGCUUAUUCUCUCGGUGUUGUCGGUCACCAUUGGCUGUCUUCUUGGAUUCUUCCUGAGGACAAGGCGGCUUUCCCAACAGGAAAUCAGUUAUUUCCAGUUUCCUGGUGAGUUGCUGAUGAGGAUGCUGAAGAUGUUGAUUCUCCCACUGGUUGUCUCAAGCUUAAUGUCUGGGCUGGCAGCCCUGGAUGCCAAGACUUCCAGUCGAUUAGGCAUCAUAACCGUCACUUACUACCUGUGGACAACAUUUGUGGCUGUGAUUGUGGGAAUAAUUAUGGUCUCCAUUAUCCAUCCUGGUGGAGCAGCACAGAAGGAGAGCACUGAAGAGGGCGGAAAGCCCAUCAUGAGCUCUGCAGAUGCACUGCUUGACUUAAUCCGGAACAUGUUUCCAGCCAAUCUUGUUGAGGCCACAUUCAAGCAGUAUCGCACCAAAAGUAUUCCCAUCAUUAAAUCUAACAAAGCCUCAUCUGAAAGCACCACUCGUCGCAUUAUAAUAUAUGGAGUCCAAGAUGAGAAUGGAUCCAAUGUCCAGAAUUUUGCCUUGGAUAUCACUCCUCCUCCUGAAGUGAUUUACAAAUCAGAGCCGGGCACUAGUGAUGGCAUGAAUGUGCUGGGGAUUGUGAUAUUCUCUGCCACAAUGGGUAUAAUGUUGGGAAGAAUGGGAAACAGUGGCGUUCCUUUGGUCAGCUUUUGCCAGUGUUUAAACGAAUCUGUCAUGAAGAUCGUGGCAGUUGCUGUUUGGUAUUUCCCAUUCGGAAUUGUGUUCCUAAUUGCUGGUAAAAUCUUGGAAAUGGAUGACCCUUCAGCCAUUGGGAAGAAACUGGGAUUCUACGCCAUUACAGUGGUGUGUGGCCUGGUGGUGCAUGGGCUGUUUAUUCUGCCAAUGAUGUACUUCUUUAUCACCAAGAAGAAUCCUAUUGUCUUCAUCAGAGGGAUUCUUCAAGCCUUGCUCAUUGCUCUGGCCACGUCCUCCAGCUCAGCCACACUGCCUAUCACAUUCAAGUGCUUGUUGGAGAAUAACCAUGUGGACAGGAGGAUCGCGAGGUUCGUGCUGCCUGUGGGAGCCACCAUCAACAUGGAUGGGACGGCGCUUUACGAGGCAGUGGCUGCCAUCUUCAUUGCACAAGUAAACAACUACGAGCUGGACUUUGGGCAGAUUAUUACUAUAAGUAUCACAGCAACAGCUGCCAGCAUAGGUGCUGCAGGGAUCCCACAAGCUGGCCUGGUGACAAUGGUCAUUGUUCUGACCUCAGUUGGGCUCCCAACAGACGACAUCACGCUCAUCAUUGCCGUCGACUGGGCACUUGACAGGUUUAGAACAAUGAUCAAUGUCCUGGGCGAUGCGCUGGCUGCUGGGAUCAUGGCCCACAUCUGCCGGAAGGAGUUUAUCAAGGAUGGCGAUGAGGUGCCAUUGAUCUGUGAAACUAAGCCUAUUAACGUCCAUCAGAUUGUGGCUUACCAGAGAAAUGGCUGUGUGAAGACUAUGAAUGCAUCUCGUGGACCAGAAACAGUGAAAGCGUUUCAGCACCACAUACCUGUACAAGUGGAGCAAGAAGAAAGUCCAGUGGAGAAUCACACUAAGAAAUCCAACAGUAAAGACCACUGCACUAUUGAAAUAAAUGAACUAGAAACAAACGUGUAACUGCUACACUCAGGGGUAUCUCCUACCCCAGUGACCUGAUAACCAAUCUCUACCUCACAGCUGGAAGAGGGACUCUUUGCCUUGAACAGGAAAACGUGGAAUUAUCGCCACUCUGCUUGUACUGGAGCAGGAGACCAGCUGUGACCAUCAGGAAAGGCACACAGCUUGCACGAGACAUGGGCUUCUUUAGGUGGAAGAUUUUAAUACUGAAAAACAUAACUAAUGGACAACUA